AUGUCUUCCCCCAGCAGUAGUGGCUACAAUGAUUCUGCUGCUAAAUAUACCAGUCCCAUCAACAACACAGGGACUGUUACAGCAAGAGAUCGAGAGAGCAGGAUUAGUGUCAUCAGUCCAGUUUACCGGAGCGAGAAGUCACCAGAGAGUGCAUUUCAGAGCAAAGCAGUCUGGGCUUCAAAACACCCUGACCGUCGCCUCUCCCACUCCCUUGGCACUGUAAUGGAAGCUGGUGGGAGGCCGCAAAGGUCCAAGCAUGACAUUGAGCAGGUAGAAAAUACGCUGGAAAUGGCCUUGCUGGCCCUUGGGAAUAUCCAGGAAACAUUUCUACAGCAGAACCAUUUUUGGGCUUUAGUGACUUUGACCUCUAUCAAUGCUGAGCAGGUAACAGAAGAAGAGGAGGGAGUGGUUCAUUUUUGCUAAAACAUGUCAACCUGGCCCCUGAACCUCUAUACCCUUGGGUCCCCAGCACCUGUGAGGUUAGGCUUUCCAUCGGCCUCAGCUUUGGAAGAGCUCUUCAACAGACACCCAGAUUUAAUGUUCAAGGUCACAGGUAACAGGACUAGCUUCACUCCCUUCAGGGAUUUUGCUGAAAAGGACAUUGUUGGAAGCAUUAGAGGUGUUUUGCUAAGCUCUAAUCAUCAAUUGUCCCAAGUCCAUGAUUUAGUGGAAGAUAUUGAGAUCAUGCUGCAGAGAAAUGUUAGCAUGGAAACCUAUCCCACCAGCAUCAACAAGAGCUCAGACCAUUUUAUGAUCACAGUGAGCAUCACUUCCCUGGAGAAAUCCCUGAUCGUGUGCAUAGAACCUGGAAGUCCCCUUUUAAUGACACUCUAUCUGGGGUUCCAAUGUCAGCCUACCCACACCCACAUCUACCUGGACAUCAACCUUCCAAAGACUCAGGUGUGGGAAAAAGAGGAGUAAUAUACAUGGAUGACUCCAGAGAGUCUGCAUAUCGGUACCUACUAUGCAACAGCCAUGCUGAAUAAAAGCAAGGACAGUAGCCAGCACACGCCCACCCUGCUCUCAGUGGUAACUGCAGUCACGUGUUAUUUCAGGGACAGCCACAACAGCACGUGGAAGACCACAGGGUGCCAAAGUUCCCCCAAGGUUAUGCGUUCAGAGCUGGAAUGGUUGGCCCACAGAACAGUUUUGAGGACACAGUGUCACUGUAACCACCUGAACUGCUUUGGCAGUGACUUCUUCAUUGUGUCCAGGAUGGUGAACGUUGAAGACACAAUCAGGCUGCUCCUUCAUGUGACCAGCAGCCCUGCUAGGGUGUCAUUGCUGGCCAGCCUUUUAGGAUUCUAGAUGCUUACCUCUGUGUGGGCUUGGAGGAAGGAUCAAGCAAACAUGCAGAAGGUAAAGGUCACUGUCCUGGAUGAUAAUGACCGCAGCUCUCAGUUUUACUACCUCCUGCAGGUCUCCACUGGCUGUCAAAGAAGGGCCUCCACAGCAGCUAAGCUUAAUGAGAUGAAUGUGGUUAUCGCCCUCUAUGGAUCAGAGGGCCAGAGCGAGCCCCAUCACCUUCAUGACCCUGAGAAGGCAGUCUUUGAGGGGAGGGGCCUAGACGUCUUCCCCUAGAAUUCUCCAGGGGAAUUGUGCAGCAUCCGGUUCUGGCAUGAUGAUUUGGGGGCCAACCUUUCUUGUGAGCAGGAUGAGAAGAGACACCUGUUCUCCUCCAUGAUUGUAGAAAAGCUCACCCAGGAUCAUCUGUGGUUCUCAGCUUUAGCUCGACAUCCUUGGAACCAGUUCACAAGAGUCCAGAGGCUCUCUUGCUGCAUGACCUUGCUUUUGUGUGAGAUGGUUGUCAAUGUCAUGUUCUGGAGAAGAAAUGGCACCAGUGCUGAGAGAGAUAGGCAAGUGUGUCCGUUUGCUGUGACCUGGUCCCAACUGCUCAUCAGCAUCCAAACUGCUGUCGUCCUCUUCCCAGUCAGUCUUGUAAUCCUGAUUCGGUCUCGAACCCUGCCUCUCUUUCCUUCCCGCCAGGCUUCCUGCCUCUCACAUGCUCCUUUUGAGCCUCUCUCAUCUUGGUUCUACAUUCAGGAAUUAAAGGAAACUUUGGGAUUCCUACUCAGGAGAAGUACGUAUUUACUCUCAGAGUUGGAACAAUCUUUAUGGCUUCCUUCCAACGUUAACAAGCUGGUGCAGCUUUUAUCCAGCCUCAUCUGUUCUCACUCAGAGGGUCACGGCUCUCAUUGGCAGGCAGGACCCCAUCGGGUGAAUGUGGUUCCUGAAAGCCAGCAUCAUUUAUGCCGUCACCUGCUCAGAGUUCUGCAGAGGCUUCGAUCUCCUGUAAGCGCACUGGAUCCCGCCCAGGAUGGCCAGCCUUGUGACAUCCUAGAUGCCACCAACCCCACAAAACUCCAGGAGCUCUUGGAAAUGCGUAUUUUCCCAACAGAACAGGGGCCAUCCAGGGAGGCAACCAGUUCCCCCCUCCUGAGUCCGUAAGAGGGGAAGAAGCUCAUCACUAAAGGCCUGCCCAGAUGGUUGACUUACAUCUGCUGGCCCCUUCCGGGGGUCACUAGCCUGGCUGCAGCCUUUUUUACUGCACUUCAUAGCCUAGAACUGAACAAAGACCAAGCCACUGGCUGGGUUAUUUCCAUGAUAUUAUCAGUGCUUCAAAACAUCGUCAUCAGCCAGCCACUAAAGGCGAUCUUCCUCACCUUGUCCGUCUCACUUACGCUGAACAGGAUGCCGGGGCUUACCAAAGAGAAGGAACCACAAACGAGGAGGGUCUCGGCACUCUUGGCAAAAUGUUCACCAUUUCCUGGUUCAGAUAAGAACAACCACAUCUAUACAGCUCCAGCUGUCAACAGCCCGGGUAAGUGCCCAGAAAGAACCUUGAAAGGGAAGAAACUUUACAGGCUGACAGGAGAUAUUUGGGUACAAAUCCUCUUCCUUGUCUUGUUGAUGACUGCAGUGAGGAACUCCAGGAGGCUUUGCCUCCAACAAGCCGUCCAUAAGAGCUCCCACCAUUUCUCAGAGAUCAGACUUCUUAAGCAUUUCUAUCCAUGGGCCAGUAACACCCUCCUUCCUAACCUUUAUGGGGAUUACAGAGGAUUUAUUACUGAUGUAAACUCCUUUCUUUUGGGCAAUGUUUUGCUUUGUCAGAUUCAUGUUCCUGGUGCCAUAGUUCUUCCAGCUGGAGUGUCUCCCCAUGAACAAGUGAAGCCAUCUCAGCAAGAUCAGGAGGAUACAGAGAAUAACGGAGUAAACUGGGGCUCCCCGGAUACGAACAUCACAAAUCACAUUUGGCAUUACUAGGAUCAAGAGAUACUGGGUGGCUACCCUAUCCAAGGGGAAUUUGCCAGUUACUCACGAGGAGGGUAUGUUGUGGGACUUGUAAGAAGCUCCAGUACUACAGUCAGAGUUCUGCAGCAUCUUGAACAGAGCCACUGGCUUGACCAUUGCACUACAAGCCUCUUUGUGGAAUUUGUGGUCUUCAGUGCCACUGUGGACCAGUUGUGUGCACUGACCCUGAUUUUGGAGUCCAACAACAUGGGAGCAUGCUUCACCUCUCUGAGGCUGGACACUGUAAGUUCCCUUCAGGCGUCCAAGAAGGACUUUGCCUGGUCUGUCAUCGCACAAGUCCUGUAUUAUCUCCUACUCUGUUACUAUGCCUUUGCACAAAAUCAUCAGCUGCAACCGUUGAGGUGGUGGUUCUUCACUAGGAAAAGAUACAUCCUGAACACAAGCAUAAUCCUCAUUAGCUUUGUCAUCCUGGGUCUUGACAUGAAGCUUACUUCUCUGCACAAGAAAAACAUGGCACAAUACCACUAUGACCGUAACAAGUUCAUCAGCUUCAAUGAGGCAAUAAAAGUAAACUCAGCAGUCAUUCACUUCAUGGGCUUCCUGGUUCUACUGGCAACUGUUCAGCUGUGGAGCCUGCUGCAUCAUAAUCCCAGGCUACAGGUUAGCGGUAGAACACUCAGCAAUGCGUGGGACGGGGUAGCGGGUUUCUUGCUGGUCAUCCUGAUUCUGCUGACAGGCUAUGCUAUUUUUAACCUGCUGUUUGGAUGGAGCAUCUCAGACUACCAAACUUUUUUCAGCUCAGCAGUAACUGCUUUUGGUCUCCUGAUUGGAAUCUCUCAUCACAAGGAAGUGAAAACCCCCAUCCUGGUUUUCCUGCAGGAUUACUGUGAGAGAAGGUACAUUGAUAUAUAUGGUGCUGCAGACAGUUUGCUAGGAAUCCAGCGGCGCCAGAACACAUGA